CUCUCUCUCUCUCUCUCUCUCUCUCUCUCUGGCUUAAACAGACUUCUGUUGGCAGCUGUUGGAAGUAAACCGAAGGAGCGUCAGGCUGUGGAGCGGAGUCAGUGAAUCACCUCAUCUGCCCGGGCAGAGCGGCAGUCACUUCGCGCAGAGGACACCCGGCUGCUCGGUCAAAGACCCUUUUACGCACCGAGCUACCUGAAAACGCAAAUGUUGGCUUCGUGCGAAGAGGGAUCCAUCAUUCCCCCCCUCUAAAUUACCCUGGAAUAUUCUGUAUGAUAUUUGGCAACACAUUUUUAAAUUAUCAGUUAAAAGCCAGAGGACAUCUCCUCGGCAGAAUGAAGGGAUUUACACCUUUCUUCAACAUGAUUCUUGUGGCGCUAUUUGUCGCCACCGUCUCAGCGACCAAGUUAAAUGUACCGCGGCUGAGACUGCCAUACAAAGACCUGCUGUCCACCAACAGGUCGUCUAUCUUCAGCGGUCAUCAUGGCCAGCUCUCUCUUACCGCCGUCUUCCUGGAUGAGUACCGUGACCGUCUCUUCCUGGGAGGCAAAGAUGUCCUAUACUCUCUCCUGCUGGGACCUGCCAGCAGCGAGUCCAAAGAGAUCUACUGGCCGCCGUUACCUGGCAACAGGGAGGACUGCAUUAAAACGGGGAAGGAACCACAGACGGAGUGUGCCAACUUUGUUCGCCUCCUGCAGCCCUACAACCGUACCCACCUCCUGGCCUGUGGCACCGGGGCCUUCCAGCCCAUGUGUGCAUUCAUCAAUGUGGGGCACAGAGGAGAGCAUGUGUUUACGAUGGAUCCUACGAAUGUGGAGAAUGGACGAGGGAAGGUUCCACAUGACCCCAGCGUCCCCUUUGCUAGCACCUUCAGUGGUGGGGAGUUGUAUACAGGACUGACGGCUGAUUUCUUGGGUAGAGACUCUGUGAUCUUCAGGAGUAUGGGAGGUCGCUCCAUUAUGAGGACAGAGACUGACCAGAAGCUCCUCCAUGACCCUAAGUUCAUUGCUGCCCACCUGAUCCCAGACAACGACGACAGAGACAACGAUAAAGUGUAUUUCUUCUUUACCGAGAAGGCCACAGAGGCAGGGGACAGGGAGGGGGCCAUACACACACGUGUCGGACGAGUGUGCGCGAAUGAUGUUGGAGGCCAGAGAGUACUGGUGAACAAAUGGAGUACUUUCAUCAAAGCCAGACUAAUGUGCUCUGUACCAGGACCUCACGGCAUCGAUACACACUUCAACCAACUGGAGGAUGUUUUCCUGCUGAGGACCAAGGAUGAAAGGAACCCAGAUGUCUAUGCAAUCUUCAGCACCAUCAGUAAUGUGUUCCAGGGUUUUGCUGUGUGUGUUUACCGUAUGGCUGACAUCAGAGAAGCCUUCAAUGGACCCUUUGCCCAUAAGGAGGGCCCUGACUACCAGUGGGGAGCCUACGAAGGGAGGGUCCCUUAUCCAAGACCAGGCGUGUGCCCCAGUAAAAUCACCAACCAGCCAGGCAGAGAGUUUGGAAGCACAAAGGACUUCCCUGAUUCAGUGUUGCAAUUUGCCCGUAACCACCCAUUGAUGUGGCGGCCAGUGUAUCCUGCCCUGCGCCAGCCUGUGCUUGUAAAAGCCAACAUUCCUUACAAGCUGAAACAAAUCGUGGUGGACCGGGUCGAGGCAGAGGAUGGGCAAUAUGAUGUCAUGUUCAUUGGCACAGAUAUUGGUACAGUAUUGAAGGUCAUUGCCCUGCACAGUGGAAACAGCCUGGAGACCGAGGAGAUCACACUGGAGGAGCUACAAGUGUUUAAGGUGCCGACUCCAAUUACAUCAAUGGACAUAUCUGUGAAAAGGCAAGCCCUGUAUGUGGGCUCUCCAGCAGGUGUGGCACAGGUGAAGUUACAUCGCUGUGAGACUUAUGGAAAGGCCUGUGCUGAGUGCUGCCUGGCCAGAGACCCGUACUGCGCCUGGGACGGAUCCUUGUGCGCACGAUACGUGCCCAACAGCAAGCGCCGCUUUCGCAGACAGGACAUCAGGCAUGGAAACCCUGCAUUGCAGUGUGUGGAUCAGAAUCUGAGUGAAGAGCUCGAUGUGACAGAAGACAGGGUGGUGUAUGCGACAGAGAACAACAGCACCUUCCUGGAGUGUGUUCCUCGCUCUCCACAAGCUACUGUUACCUGGCUCGUCCAACGUGACGACCACAAGGAAGAGGUGAAGCUGGACGAUCGUGUAAUGUCUACAGAGCAGGGCCUCCUGUUUCGUCGCCUCUUCCGCCAGGACGAAGGCGUGUACAUCUGCCGCUCCCGAGAGCACGGUUUCACACAGACCUUGGUCCGCCUCACCCUCGAAGUCCUCCAGGGGGAGACUGUGGACGAGCUCAUGGCACGUGACAACGCCGGCCUCUCUGAUUCAUUUAAGGACCGGUCAGGAGGCUACAGGGCCUGGAUGCCAUGCAGCACAUACAGCAGGGGCAGCUCGUCAAGCCAAAUGGGUCAGUCACGUACAUGGUUUAAGGAUAUCAUGCAGCUGAUUGGACCAUCAAACCUGCCGCACGUUGAGGAGUACUGCGAGAGGAUGUGGUGCAACGACAAGCUGAGGAGGAAACACAAGAGCAUGCUGGAGAAAUACCGCCAGGCGCAGGAGAGUGCCAGGAAGGCUCGUAGCAAGAGCUCCGGAGAAAGGAAUCGGACACCGAGGGAUCUCAGUGCAUGGGAGGAGUAACAGGGAAGAGGCGAGUGGGGGAGAAAGAAGGCGAAAAUUGAAGAAGAAAAAAGGGACAAAGAUUACCGUAUAGGGCAGGAUGAAUUGGGCAGCAAAAAGGGCGAAGACCAGCAUCAACUCCUAACAGUUGAAACUCUUUUAAGAAUAAAGUAGAUCAGAGCUGAACCUAACAGAAAAGAUUUUAUGAAAUGAGUGCAUGUAUAGGUCAGGUGGUUCUGGAUAUGGCCCAAAAAAGACAGAAGUGUUUGGUUGUCUGGAAAGACAGACAAAAGAGACCACUACUGAACUGAACAGGUUGUUGCUGAUGUAAUGAGCUUGAUGAAGAAAAGAUGAGAGACAGUCUUUCAAAUACACUCAGAGGACGCUUACCAAGGAUUCCUCCCCCCUCUCACACUUGAGAUUACACUUGUAUACUUCUACAGUUAUUGAAAUGACAGACACUGCUUUCAUUUCAUCAAGUUAUAUAAAACCUUCAAAACUUCACAAACCUCAGAUUUAUAAAAACAUAUGCAUGCUUUUGGACUGACUUUCCUGGCAGCCUUGUGGACUCUUUGAUGAACAGUUGGCUCCUGGCAGAUUGGGGCUUCAAAACAGAUCACUUUUAUUUACUUUGCAUCUUUGGAUUACAAAAAAGUGCCAAUCUGACACACAUGGACACAUACGCUUUCUCUCCAUUAGUUUUUCUCACUCCCAAGCUGGACAAAUUUCUCACAAUGAAAUCACUGGAUUCAUCAGUUGGUAUUUAAUGGUCCAUGUGUCUUGCCUUGCUUUUUUAAAAUCAAAUAUUAAUGCAUGACUUCAGCUCAAGACAUAACUGACUUUGCAGUAUAUUUAUAAGAGGCAUAUGCAGCUAAUGCACACAGACUCUUAUCUCGCCAGUGUACAUGGAUACAAACACACACUCAUACAUAAACUGAAAUCCCACUCACCCUUCACACUGAACGCACAAGCUCAACUAGCUCAAACUGGAAGCUACCAUGAGACGACUGUUGAUGGUUCAACAGAUUAAAGGCACAUUGCUUUGUUUUUACUGCUGUGGGUUGAACGUUCCAUUAAACACCAGCUACAGAUAAAAACUCCCCCCUCAGCGACCCUUAAAAAAGGAUAUUUCACGGGGGCUUCUUUUCAUGCUUUUGGGUACAUACCGUAACACCUCCUGGAAUGUACCUAAUGGCCACAGUCAUGGCUCCGAUUCUUACUUCCUUGGAAAACUAAGUCUGUGACAUUUAGAUCAAUCCAACCAGUUUUUUCAAGUCAGUAAAAAACCAGCCAAUAAAGGAGAAAACAUAUAUCCUGACCCCUCAGUGGUAUCCUCGCCUCACACUUUAAUCAUCCACUAAACUCAUUUUCCCAAGGUUUCUCUGUGUGCCGUAGCUCUCCAGUGAAAAUAGAGGGAACAAUAGAAGGGGUCAGCUGUAAUGGCCGAGUCCUCUUGUGCUUUCUGCUUUGUAAACACUGGUUUUAAGACGGUUCAUGGUUUGAACACAUGAUAAUCCACAUUGUUAUUGUCUUUAGUUUUGCUCUUAUAAUAUAACUUUUUUCACAAAAACGAAUAACAGGUUUCAGGUUUUCCUUCUAGGCAGCAGGUGGAGAAGAGAACAUGGGGUUUUGAGUAGAUGUAAGCAUUGUAGCCUAGAGUCAAAUCUGGCUUCAGAUGUAUAAAAGAGAAGUGUAGAGGUCAGGGCAGAAAGAGAGCUUCGGUUUCAUUGAGGGGCUAUGUGUGGAUGGGAGCUUCAGUAAUAAUAUAAAAUAUUAGAAAUAACCACAAACUGAAGAAGAAAGAUAAUGUGAAUAGAAUUGUGUAAACAGAUUUUUUGACUGAAAAGAGUUUUAAGAGUUGCUUUCAGCUGUAUCACUUAUAUAACAUUAGAAUACAUUAAUGGAGGCUUUUGACUUGCAUUACUUAUCUAGAAAUCUCCUCUGGCCUCAACAUGGAUGUCCAGUGGAGAUCUGUGUAAAUGAUUGCGAAAUAUAAUACACCCAAUAAACAAUGGAAAACAUGUGCCUAUAUGUCUCUAUAGUUUAAAGCUACCAGAUUCAUAUUUUUUUAAUUGUGUUUAACUCUUUAAUCUUUGUCCCUGUCUGUGUACAAGUCCAAGCUGAGAUUACUAUUUUUACUGUGACUGAGGAAAUUCUAGCGAUAAAGUGGUGAAUUAAUCAGUUUCCAAUUAUAAACCAUACAAAGGGUAACCACGGUUACUGGAUUGAUUUGAAUAUAGCUACACACAUUUAGAAACACAAUCACCUGUUGCUAAUAGCCUGUUGUUGCCAACAAACUGAGGACCUUCGAUAUGGGAGCCAGAGAAAUCUCAGUAAUACGUGGACAUAUGGAAGAUGGUAUAUCAAUUCUGGGAGCCCACUCAUUGUUUAAAAUUAGACAGGAAGUAACAUUAACUCCAGUGAACUUGGUGACCUUUUUGUAACCUUCAUGGCGUGUGAAUGGCUUCUCAGAGGAAAAAUUUAAAGAGAGGAGGAGUGAAGGGAGAAGAAAGGUGAGGAAGAUUAAAAUAUAAAAAGUACUACAGGCAUCUUGUGAAGGCUGUAUUUGCAAUUUAAAAAAACCCCAAAAUCAAUUUUUCCAGAGUUCCAUCAGUAGAAGUAUUUCAAAAAGUCCAGUUUGUACAGCACACCUAAACACGCGUUUUACUCUAACAAAGUUUAUUAUCUUAGUUUCAGCAUUGUGAGAGUGGCUAUUAGACUCCACUUAUGGUGUUUUCUCUAAUAAUAUUGCUUAUGAUGUCUAUCUUAACUGAAAGAAAAUGACAGGAGGACGGUAUGCAUGAAACAGAGAGAGAGACAGUUAGCAGGGUAAAAUAGGGUUAAAAAUCCCAAAGUAAAUUUUUUCUGUACACAAGUACUUGGUCUGGUCUGCUUUGGUCUAUGGUGAUGAUAAAAAACUGAACCACUAUCAUCAGAAAUUUAAAUUUGUGUUUAAGGUAUAACUUUUGUGACUGGUUGUAAACUUAGUGUGUAAAAUUGUCUAAAAAUACAAGUUUCCUUUUUAUAGCAACUGUCAUAAGAUGGACCGGCCAAACGAAAUGCUGACACUUUUUUUGCUGGACAAUGUUUUUGGGACACAAACGUCACCUUAGGAUGACAUUAAUUUGUGCAUUUGUGUGCCAAUAUGGAAUUUUUUGUUAAAGACAAAUAUGUGCAUCACUGAUUUAAAGUAGUUACUGCAUGUUCAGAGUACACAUUGUAAAGACUUCAGAUGCAUUUCAGUUGUUGUACAGUUGUACAAAGUGUGUUGUGGUGUUGCAUAUUACAUUUACUUUAACUCUUAAGCUAUAGAUAGUUAAGUGCAGUUUGUCAACUUUUUAACUUUUAUCUUAGACACGUGUUCAAUUUACAGCACUUAUCCUGCCUUAACGUUCAACUAUAUUAUUUUACAGUAUUUAUAAGAACAACGACUCAAACAUUCAUCAGUGUGAUCAAUGUAUUGUGAUAAUUUUUGUAAAACUGGGGAAGGAUUUCACUGCAGCAUUUUGGGAAGUCAGCAGUCCAACGAGCACACCAUAGCCGUUUAAAUUUGAAGGGUUCAACAAGCACGAUUUCCCUGCAGAAAACAGUCUCCCGGACAUACAGGCAACAACACUCUCAAUGUAUAAUAUAGUGUAAGGGUCCUUGGAUUAAAAAUGAACAACAACUUGGUGAACUGUCCCUUUAUUGUACUGUAAAAUUGUGCUGGUUGUAGGGUCUCUGACAGAGCCUAAUUUAAAUGUGUAUUUAAGUUUUAUUUAAGUGUCUUUCUACCAUGCAUGCUAUGUACUUGUAUGCUAUUUAACGCCAUUAAAAGUUGACUUUCUAACAUAAA